GGUAGCUAGGGGUCAGGAGGACUUAUGAGAGAGGGGGGUGAGUCGUUAUCCAUCUUUGGAGGCCGGGCCUCACAGACAGCGGAGAGAGAGAGAAGGGAGAGAGGUGGUGUUCUUUUUUAGAGUGUGAGGAAGGGCAAGAGGAGUGUUCGUCCAAACGCGAGGAGAGAGCGGACCCCUCUUGCGAGAACUGCUAACACCCAUUCCUCCGGCAUGGCAGACAUCACAUCUGCCCAAUGGCAGGCCAUGCUGGACGCAGCAGACGAGAACGUGAAACCGUUCUUCCAAAAGCUUUAUGAUGAUGCCGUGCAGAGGGAAAAAGAGGCAGAGGCAGCAGCCAGAGCCACAAGCAUAGCUGCUCAGGUGGCCCACCUUCAGGUCCCGGAAGCCAAUGCUGACAGGUUCCAGGAGAGGCUAGCUGCUGCCGUGGCAGCCUUGGUUCGACUGCGGAACUUAGAAGACCUUGAGUCCCGUGUCACAGCACUGGAGCAGCGGAACCAAGAGCUGCAGGCUGAGAUAAUCAGCCUCAAACAGUCUCAACUGUCUGCCCCCCGCCCUCCUAACCCUCGACCUGCUGCAGUCCCAGUCUCUCAAUCCAAAACAGUCCUCAUGGCAAGAGCAAGUGGAACUGUGACAAGCGCAGGAACUGGUGCCAGCUCCUCAAGCGGCAGCGCCGGCAGUUCUGCACUAGUCAUAGUCCCAAAUGCAGGGACAUCAGCCCAAAACGCCACAGUCCUUACUUGCGUUCAGUACAGCGGUCCCGUAGUGGACAAGCGGGCGGCCACCUUGCCGUCCAAGUACGACGGGAAAGCAAAUAUCACCUCUUGGAUUAGUUCCAUGCGCUCAUACUUCGAGGUCAUGCGGACAGCGCAAGAAGACCGAAGCAUGAUCAUGGCCACUAAUACUGAGCCCGCCGUACGGAACCACAUUGAACUCCAAGCUGUUGCUGCAGGACUGUUACAGACUUCAGGGAAACAGGCAAAGGGCGUAGAAGAGUCAUCAGCACUCUCUACAAGGGAAGCUGAACCAUCAAUUGCAGGCCCCUCCAAUGAGCCUGAAUCUGGUCAACAGCCUACUCUUGAAGCUCGGAACGAUGCUGAAUCCAAGGCUGUUGCAGUCCAUGUGUUAUACACUGAGCCUUGGGAGGAGUCUAAGGAAGUUGACUUCCACGCUCACCUGGAACAUUGGCUGCAGCUCAAGCAGCAACGCCGUGUUCAAGGGAGUGUGGAGCUAACCUUCUUUAAACUUCUCAUUAACCGCCGAUACGUCCGUGUGCUGAUUGAUAGUGGUUCAACCACUAACUUCUUUUCUCCUAACGGGAUUCGUAAGGCGGGCAUGGGAAUGAAGCAAGUGGAACUGCAGAACCCUUGUCAGACUCAGGUGGGCAACCACGAGGUUGUCACCUCCACACAUGCUGUCAGAGGUGUGCCCGUCACCUUUGACAAGGACCGCACUGUCACACAUGAGCUCAACUUUUAUGUCAUGGACAAGUGUCCGUUCGACGCCGUCAUCGGCUUGGGCUGGUUGCCAAUUUGGUGGGAAGCAUUCACAACGCAACUCAGGAUUUUCCCCGUCGCCAAGCACGCCUACAUCGGCGCCCGGUUCAUGAACUCAAAGGGCGGAUGCCAGAUCUGGUUGACCCACCUGGCAACCUCUCACUGCGUCGACGUACCGGACUUGAAGGACAAGAUCACAUGGGAGGAACUGACACGGCUGUGGAAGAAGCGGUUCAUCGUCGACGACGCGCCAGCACUCGCCAUCAACCGUCUGUUCACCAUGUCACAGGGCAACACCGCAACACGGGAUUGGCUCACGGAAUGGCAGAAGAUUGCGGCAGUGCCCAAUCUGGACUUGCCAUUCACACAUUUACGCCGUGAGUUCUACAACAGGUCCUGUGUUGCAUUGAGCCAGGCUCUUGGUGAUCGCGAGCAGUACUCAGCCUUCGCUGAGAUCAUCGACAAGGCGAGGGAAAUCAUCAAGACCAACAGGUCAGCUGCACACGAGAAGUCAACAUGGCAGCCGACCUAUGAGGAGAAGGUACGAACUGGUGGUCGUUGUCCAGCCGCGAAGCAACAACAAGUCCCGCAACAAUGGGAAGGCGAAAUCCGCAUCGCAGGCCGGAAAUGGAUAGUCAAUACAAGUUCCAUGGGUCAAGUUCGGCUUGACCGAGGCGGAGUACAAGGUCCACGGCCGCUACGGCAGCUGCAAUUGGUGCAACAGCACCAAGCACAUGACCUCCUUGUGCCAGGAUCAGGGCAAGGAGGAUGUGCGACCCCGCCUCAACUCGGGAAACUGAGUUCCGCGGAAGGUGAGGCGACUCCACCUUCUACUCCGCCAGAUUCGGCCGCCUUGCUAGCGGCCUCCUGCACAUCUGGGGAGGAUGCGAAUGUCGCAGGUUCUCAUUACACUUACGAGGACUAUGCUGUCCACUUGGUUCCACCGCUGGACCAACCGCUCCACGUGCAACAAUCUACCGCAUGCACGGUUUCAUCACCAUCGGCAACCGAUUCGGCAGCUUCGCCGCCAUCUGUCAUCGGGGAUUCAUCGUCGUGGUCAAGACUUGAAGUGCUCGACCCUCUGACGUUCACGGACUUCCAGUGGAUGUAUGUUCCCCCGACCGGACGAUUGCCGAAACCGCAUUGCAAUGUGCUCAUGGCACAACUGCGGGAUUACUUGCACACUGCAGAACCAGCUCCGUUGAUGGACGCCGGAGUAGAGAUCGGAGGGGCGACCUGCAAUGCCUUGAUCGAUUGCGGAGCAUCUCGCAACAACAUCAGCCAGGACUUCAUGGUGCGCGCCGGCCUUGGCCCACGCGUCCGGAGGAAGUCCCAGCCUACGCAAGUCACGUUGGCGGACGGUCACACGCACAAGUCAAUCGACCGGUGCAUUGACAACGUCCCAAUGUACUUUGCCCCUCACGCAAGUGAGGCGGUGUCCUUUGACAUUCUGGACACCAAAUUUGACAUGAUCUUGGGCAUGUCAUGGCUGCGAAGCGAGGAUCACGCGGUGAACUUCUUCCACCGCACCGUUCACAUUCAUGAUCGGAACGGAGUGCUAGUUCCAUGCACGGUGCCUCUUCCUCAUCCUUUGAUCAGCUGCCACGUGGUAUCCGCCGCAAGCAUGCGAGCUUCCAUCAUCAGAGACGACAUCGAGGAGAUGGGGGKGUGUUUUCUCCACGCCCUCCCGCCCCAUGACGCUUCAUUGACGGACUCACCUUCGGAUCCACGCAUCACCGAGCUUCUUGACGCCUACAACGACGUGUUCGAAGGCCCACACGGAGUAGUACCGGAUCGACCCAUCCGCCACAAGAUCAUCCUCGAGGACGGGGCCGUACCUCCGCGCGGUUGCAUCUACCGAAUGAGCGAGGAACAGUUAAGUGUGCUUCGGGCACAACUCGACGACCUUCUGGAGAAAGGCUGGAUUCGGCCUAGCUCAUCGCCAUACGGUGCUCCUGUUCUCUUCGUCCGGAAGAAGAACAAGGAUUUGCGGUUGUGCAUCGAUUAUCGCAAGCUCAACGCGCAGACGAUCAAAAACGCCGGCCCUCUCCCACGCAUCGACGACCUUCUCGAGCGACUGGGCGGCGCCAAAUUCUUCUCCAAGCUCGAUCUCAAGUCAGGAUAUCACCAACUCGAGAUUCGCAAGCAGGACCGUUACAAGACCGCGUUUAAGAAGCGAUAUGGGCAUUUCGAAUGGCUGGUUAUGCCUUUUGACCUUACGAAUGCCCCGGCCACGGCUGGCUCAUGGCACCCGUCCUUAGCAUCUACCACCGCACCCUGCCUACGAGAGUGACUACGGACGCUUUCGGUGGAGUACACAGUCACAUUCAAAGCAUGCGAUCGCGACGACACUCGGUGGAUUUCAGGCGCAGGUUUGAAAGCAUCCGCACCGCUGAUCUACUCGCAUUAUGAGAAGCGGAGGUUAGCUCAGGAAGCUUCACAACCAGCCCCUCCCACCCGGACUGUGGUCCCUCGCUCAGACAGACAGCUUCGCCCUCGCAGGUAAGCUCGGUUCUUCAAGGAGGGGGGGGUGUGGCAUACUGCGUAGCCACAUGGGCCCUGCAGGGCCCGUCCCGGUAAUUCAGCCUAAAAGCCUAAAACUUAG